AUGGCCCACCUUCCUCCGAAUGCAUGGCAGUGUGCUGCCCAAGAUGAUCCUGCCUCUGUCUUUUGUUGCGGCGUGGGCCACUCUGAUCACACUACUCUCGAAAUUCGUACACCCUCAUGGGCUGACGGCCGCAAAUACUGGUCGCUGCUGAUCCAGACCUCGCGUAAUCUGGCUCGCACGAUCUGGGUCAACACAAAGGAACGUGAAGGAGAGUUGGGAAAGGAGGAUCUCCUGCAAAAACUGUACGUUGGCAUCAGGUGUAAACGGCCUCAGCUAUAUACCAUCUUUUCUGACAAUACUAGAACCGCAAUGAACCUUAUCCUAGCUUUCGCUGUCGCGCUCAAACACAAACUCCGUUUCGAACCGGAUAUCGCUUAUGAUGAUCUUGCGGGCCUGGUCGGCUACCUGGACACCUUCGCCAAAGAUGCGCAUGACCGUCAGCGCCUCCAGCCUCAGCGGAAGUCACUCUGGAAAUCGACAGGAGAAUACCUGGGUGUCUCCUUUGCCGAAUCGAACCCCCGGAAGCUCGUCAAACGAUCCAAGAAGCCACUGGGUCAUCUUCCUCUGGAGAUUCUUAACCAUUUGUCGGCUUAUAUCGACAGAUGUAUUGCGAACGACACCCUCAGCAUCAGUUUGCAUCAAGCACAAGCCAUCAACGGCCUCGCUACCCUGAACGAAGUCGUCACGGGAACUGAGCGCGUCCUUGACACCCCUCUCCCGACAGCGUACAGCAUCGCCAUCGCGCAAAUCGCCUGGAUCUACGUCAUGUCUCUACCCUUCCAACUCUACAACACCCUCACAUGGGUGACCAUCCCAGGUUCAAUUAUCGCCGCAUACAUCAUUCUCGGUCUCGCCACUAUCGGCAGCGAAAUCGAGAAUCCCUUCGGUCAGGACGUCAACGAUCUUCCUCUGGAUACCUACUGUCGGCAGAUUGCCUUGGAACUGGAUAUCAUCACCGCUACUCCGGCGCCCCGUGUCGAUGAUUUCACCGUUCGUGACGACAACUUGGUUUUGUAUCCACUUAGCAUGGACGGCUACAAUGACUGGAAGGACCGAAGCGUCGAGGAGAUCAGAGCUGCACUUAGAACGAAGGUGAUAGCCAACUCCCCUUCUUCUGCCUUGGGAUCGGAUGAGUCGACCGUUGUUGGAAGCAUGAGCAGUAAACAAACGGUUUAG